AUGGAGGCUGCCAUUCGAGAUGCCCCCUUUGGGCAGCUUGUUCGCUUCUUGACAAAGAACAAAUACUUCAAGUACCCAGAAGAAAAGCCCGACUUCCAGCUUCCCGAUACAUGGCUUCAAUUACUGAACGACAACGGUGCAAAUAACCUGGGAGACGAAAAGAACGUUAGUUCUGCAGACUCCAAUCACAGUAGUGCACCUUUAAGUCGAGCCUCCACUCAAGCUUCCCUCCCGUUCACCGAAGCCCGCCUCGAGGCCGACGAACAACAUGAAAUCGAGAAAAUCAAAUCCAUUCCAAUUGCGCCCAAAAAGACAAAGGACGGUGCCAUCCUCGUUGACUGGUACUAUACCGACGAUUCGGAGAACCCCCACAACUGGUCCAAUCGCAAGCGUGCUCUCAUCGCUACCCUCAUUUGUCUAUACACAUUCGUCGUAUAUACUACUUCGGCCAUCUACACAUCCUCCACAGAAGGUAUUAUGAAAGAGUUUGGCGUAGACACCCUGCUCGCAACAUUGGGUCUGUCACUAUAUGUUCUGGGAUACGGCGUUGGGCCGUUGAUUUUCUCUCCAUUGAGUGAAAUCCCAGUCAUUGGCCGGAACCCAGUUUACAUCGUCACGAUGUUCCUCUUCGUGAUUAUCUCCAUUCCAACGGCAUUGGUGGACAACUUCGCCGGCCUGAUGGUCCUCCGUUUCCUACAGGGCUUCUUCGGCUCCCCGUGUCUCGCAUCGGGAGGAGCCUCCAUCGGAGACAUGUACAGCCUGAUGGCUCUGCCAUACGCCAUGAUGGCCUGGGUUUCAGCCGCAUACUGUGGACCCGCCCUCGGCCCCCUCCUCAGCGGCUUUGCCGUCCCCGUCAAAGGCUGGCGCUGGUCCCUCUUCGAAUCAAUCUGGGCUUCCGCUCCAGUCCUGAUCCUGAUGUUCAUGUUCCUCCCAGAAACCAGCAGCGCAACGAUCCUGCUCAGACGCGCAGACCGUCUCCGAAAAAUCCACAAUAACAGCCGCUUCAUGUCGCAGUCUGAGAUCGACCAACGUAACAUGCAUAUCUCGGACGUGGCCAUCGAUGCCCUGAUCAAGCCACUGGAAAUCACAAUCAAGGACCCCGCUGUCCUCUUCGUCCAGAUCUACACAGCCAUCAUUUACGGCAUCUACUACUCCUUCUUCGAGGUCUUCCCCCUUGUCUACCCAACCGACUACAAUAUGAACCUGGGCCAGAUCGGUCUCGUCUUCCUGUGCAUCAUGGUAUCAUGUAUUCUUGGAAUCAUCAUCUAUGUGUCGUACAUCCACUUCUGGAUGAAUCCACGCAUCCGGCGCUUCGGAUUCCCAGCACAAGAAUCGCGUCUUCUGCCUGCGCUGCCGGCUUCUUUUGGUCCGACUAUUGGUCUCUUCCUCUUUGCUUGGACGGCGCGUGCGUCUAUCCAUUGGAUUGUGCCCACGAUUGGUAUCACCAUUUACGGCGCGACGGUGUUCAUCGUCAUGCAGUGUAUCUUUGUCUACAUCCCGCUCAGUUACCCGAAGUACGCGGCUAGUUUGUUCGCUGCGAAUGAUUUCUUCCGCAGUGCGCUUGCUUGUGGAAGUGUGCUGUUUGCUCAUCCGCUGUUUGGGAACUUGGGUGUUGCCCGAGGUGUGAGUCUGCUUGGUGGAUUGAGUGUUAUUGGUAUUGUUGGUAUCUGGCUACUUUACUUCUAUGGUAGCAGACUUCGUGCUCUGAGCAAGUUUGCUAUCUCGGAAGAGGAGACAGAAUGA